ACAAGGCGCAUGGGAAGGCAAGGAAAUGUGAACAAAGAUAGAGAUGAUCCUUAAGCAAUGUCGGCAGACGAAAACGAAGAAAUUGCAAUAGUUGGCAUAGGAUGCCGCUUUCCUGGUGCGAAUGACAUACAUGAGUUCUGGCGGCUUCUUGAGAAUGCGGAAAACCAUGUUAGGGACAUACCAAAAGAAAGAUGGAAUAAUGACAAAUUUUACAGCGUUAAUCCGGACGAACCAGGGAAAAUCUACGUCAGGAAAGCGGGCCUAUUGUCAGAGCACGAUAUAUGGGACAACCGCUUGUUUGGGAUCAGUGAUAACGAAGCAGUCCGGAUUGAUCCACAACAACGCUAUGUACUGGAGUGUACCCACAUGGCAUUAGAAGAUGCAGGGUUUACUAGAAAACAGUUAUCUGGUACAAAAACUGGAGUGUUUAUAGGUGUAAUGAAUGAUGACUAUAAAACACUGGUUGGAACUGACCAUACGGAAGACACUAACUUUACAGCUACAGGUCUGAGUACUACUGUAAUAGCAUCAAGGGUGUCAUACGUUUAUAAUCUACAGGGACCGUGUAUGACUAUAGACACCGCGUGCUCAUCAGCUAUGAUGGCUGUACAUGUAGGAUGUCAAGCUAUCCGUGCAGGUGACUGUGAUAUGGCGAUAUGCGGCGGUGUCAGCAGUAUUCUGUCUCCGGAUAUGUUUAUACCACUAUGCAAGGCAAGAAUGUUGUCGAGAAUAGGUCAAUGCCAAACAUUCUGUGACACAGCUGACGGAUAUGCUAGGGGCGAAGGUUGUGGAGUCGUUAUUUUGCAGUCUGUGAAAGAGGCACCACAAAUUGAAAAUAUAUGGGGUGUAUUGCAAACUGAUAUUAAUCAAGACGGGAGAGCUGCUUCUCCAAUGACUGCGCCAUCUAGUGAACAACAACAGGAAUUGUUGCAUGCUAUUUACAAAAAAUGCAACAUUCAUCCAGGGGAACUGGACUAUAUUGAAGUUCAUGGUACGGGUACACCGGCUGGUGAUCCUACGGAAGUGGAUGCCAUUUCAACAUUUAUGAAGUCGUAUUCAGUUAACACACAGGAAUCAAAUCACUCAAAGAAGAUAUUGAUGGGUUCAGUGAAAACAAACAUAGGGCAUACAGAAUCUGCAGCUGCUGUGGCGGGCUUAAUCAAAGUAUUAUUGAUGAUGAGACACGAGAAGUUCGUUAAAAGUCUACAUAUAAAUGAAAACAAAUCAAAUCUCAAUACAAAAAUUAGGCUUGAUGAGACUUCAUUAGACAUUGCUGUAAAAACUGAAAAUUGGCCGAAAAAUCAUUCUGGAAACAGAGUCGCUUGUGUCAAUUCUUUUGGCUUUGGUGGAUCAAAUGGCCAUGCUGUUAUCAAACAGUUCAGUUGCAGGACUACUUGCUCUCAAGAAGUUAAAACAAAUAUCAUUAGCGAAAACGUUCCAUAUCUUGUGUGUUUGUCUGGUAGAGAUCGGGAAGCAUUGUCAAAGAACAUAAACAGAUUUUUAACUGAUGUGGAUACCUCUUAUGAAACUCUAUCCGAUAUUUCAUACACAUCUUUAUUCCGCCGUGACCACUUUGAGUGUAGAACUCUUUUAUUUGGUGCAGAUAUCAAAGAUACAUGCCAGAAUGCCAAACUGAAGUCGGAAACUAGUGGGGAGUUUAUACCAGUUAUACCAUUAUAUAAGCGGAAUAUAGUAAUGGUAUUCUGCGGAGUUGGAACAGCUUGGUCUGGCAUGGGAGCUGAAAUGAUGACCAAUCACUCCGUUUUCAGACACACAGUCCGGAAAAUUGACGAAUGUCUAAAAGUGUAUUCAAACCUAUGCGUAGAAGAAAUAUUAAAAUGUUCUUCAGACUACAGUGAUCCUUUUCUAAAUCACAUAGCAAUAUUUACAGUACAGGUUGCAUUGUUUGAACUAUGGAAAAACGUAGGUGUGACACCAGAUACAAUAAUCGGUCAGUCCGUUGGAGAGGUAGCAGCAGCCUACGCAUCCGGUGCUUUAACUCUUUCGUCAGCUGUAAAAGUAAUCUACCAUCGCUCAAAAAUUCUUGCACAACAAACGAGAGGGAAAAUGACGGUUGUAGGAAAUGUAGCUAUCUCUGACAUAGAAAGCGUAUGUUCAAAAUAUCAACCAUCAUUAAAUAUUGCUGUCUACAACAGUCCUUCAUCUUGUACCAUAUCUGGUACAGAAACAGGCAUUGACAGCUUAGAACGAGAAAUUUACUCUUUCCCAGGGGCAUUCAUACGCUCUCUAAAUGUAGCAUGCGCGUAUCACAGCCAUUUAAUGGAUGGAUGUUUGUCAGAAAUAGCUUCAAAACUAAAAGACCUUCAGAAUGGGCAUGAACCACAUAUUCCGCAAAUAUCAACAGUAACAGGAGAAAAAGCAAAUCCUAAUGAUUUGGCUUCGUCUACAUAUUGGGCCGAAAAUGUCCGACAGCCUGUUUUGUUUAUGCAAGCUCUACGAGAGACGCUUCGAAUCGAAAGUACAAAUGUGUACUUAGAAAUUGGGCCAAGACAAGUGCUUAGGGUGCAUCUUCCGAACAUAAUAGGUGAAGGGUACAAGUUUCUCUGUCUUCCCUCUAUGAACCAAAGCAAUGAGGCUUGUUUCCAUAGGUCACUCGCUGUAUUGUUUGAGCUGGGCGUAGACAUUGACUUCAGUCCAUUAAUGCCAUACAGAGGAUAUCUGUCACCGUUACCGAGAUACCAUUUCAACACAACGUCGACAUUAUUCAUAUCGCACUUGGCAAAGCAGUAUCUCUCAGGUUUUGGAAAAACAAGAGGUACGCAAAAAUAUAUGGAUAAGGUCACCAAUGAGACCUUCAACAUAUUAGUGAAUCAGGAAACUACACCUUUUGUCUUCGAUCAUCAGUUGCUAGGUUCUGUGGUCGUGCCUGGUGCAACAUACGUCGAGGCAGCCUUAAGUGGUGCUUGUGAGAUAUUUGAAAGUCCACCGACAACGUUAGAACUGUCAGUCAGCUUUGAAAAUCCUUGCACGGUAGAAAAAGGUCGAACAACUCUGCUUUCUUUAUCAUUCCAGCAAAACACGGCUUUGAAGGACGGAACUUUCGCUUAUAGCGUAUGCCUUGAUGAACGCACUCUUUGCACGGGUACCGUUAACGAAAGAAAAAUACAAGAUGUACACGAAAUUGAUAUUUCUGCGUUGAAAAUGCGCUUAACAAAACACAGAACGACAGAAGAAAUAUAUGCCAUUUUAGAGAAGAUUGGCCUUAGGUAUGCUGACUCUCUGCGCCUAAUUGAAGACUGUUAUUUAAAUGGAUAUGAAUGUCUGUCCGUCAUUAACUUACCGCAAAGUGUCAGGCGUGAUACAAGAAGUUUUUGUCUGCAUCCUGCUAUUGUAGAUGCUAUGUUUCAGACGUCGGGUGUGCUGUCAACCGAGGAAAGUUCAAGAUCAUACGAAGGUAUUCCUGUCGGCUUCAAAUCAAUUAUCAUAGAAACGAUGCCUCGGGAAAUAAUGUUUGUUUAUACACAGUUAAUCCGAAGGACAAGGAAAAGAAGUUUUUACAAAUUAAUAUUGUGCUCUGAGAAAGGUGCUGUAAUUGCAAUGAUAGACGACCUGGUGAUAGAAAGCAUCAGUACAUCUAUUCCAAAUGAUAGCAUUUCAUACGAAUUAAAAUGGCGUCAUUUGGAACAGCUGAAUAAAACUGAGGAGAAUUACAAAGCAUUUGAUAUUGACCAACUUAUUGUUUUUGGUUCAAACAGGUUUAAGAAUUGGCUUACUCGUGGUGAGAUUUCAUUUACCUUCAUCGAAAUUCCAAAUGAUGCAAAUGCUUUUAAGGAACUUGUUACAGAAGCUAUACAGAAUUCACGAAAAGGUCGCAUGGUGGUUUUUGGUCUAUGUAUAAACUGCCAUGAUUUAGAGAAUCAAAGCAACAAAGCGAUAUAUGACAUGGUUUUGUUCAAUGUCAUUUCACUGCAAACGAUCUUCAAUGUCAAGUCAUCUUUGUUGGAAGAAGCAUUCCCUGUAUCUGUAGUCACCGAAAUUACACAGCAAUUAUCUGCAGAAAAUCACGAAGAAACAAAUUAUAUAGGGGCAGAGAUGUGGGGGUUUGUUCGAUCAGCGCUAACUGAAAUGCCGUUUGAUGAUAUACGUUUGAUUGAUGUUGUUCUCGGAGAGGAAAAUAUCAAGCCAUUCAUAUCGCUUUUGACAAACACUGAAAGCGGAAUCACGGAAUCUUUGAUAAGAAAUGGUCGCAUUUAUGUAAGCGAUAUAUGUUUAUCAUCCAGCCAAGACAUUGAGUACAUUCAGACAAACCAGACAGGACAAUUGGAGAACCUACAUUUGUGUUCAAAGAGUUCAAAGGUUGUGUCUAAGCCCUUUUUGGCUUACACACCUUGCGGACUUAAUUCAAAAAAUGUUCAAACAGCACAUGACAAUCACUCAAACAUACUUGUAAGCCGAGUUUACAUUAAGGAUUCUCAUAGAAUAACUACUGGUUCAUGCGUAAGAAUCUUAACUUCAGAUGAUCAAGCUGGUCCUGAAACUCUGGUCAAGGCUACAGAAUUUCUUGGCUGGCUUAAGGAAAAUAAAGAUUCGGACAACAGCAUGUAUGGUGUAUGUUUUCCAGUAACCAUUUCCACAGUUGUUUCAGUGCCAAAGUGUUGCACAUUCUUAUUGAAAGAUAUACCUUUCUAUAAGCCUGGAUUGAUAUCUGAAAUCGUUCUCCUGUGGAAAGUAGCUAAACAAAUAAAAACAAAGUCAAAUGUCCUGAUAGUCGUCUGUGAUAGUAAUUGUUGGAGGGCAAAUGCAAUACUGAAUUUUCUUCAGUAUAACAGGUCCAAAGGAAAGGUGGCAUCUUGGGUUGAUAUAGACGAAAUUGCUAUGACCCGUGAACGUUUUACGCAUGCUAUUUUGGUUCAAAUUGAAAACGCAUGUGAUAUAAGUUUGCUCAACAGUGUUAAUGCUGUUCAACUUGUCAUAUGUGUAAACACCUGGCUACCAUGGGACGCUGCAUCCGUCAGACUACAAGAUAUUCUGAAUAAGGAAACAGUUACACUAAAAACUGAAGAGAUCAUGAGUGAAGACAGCCUAACAAAACUGGUGCCACAAGUUUUGAAAUAUUUGGUAAAAGCACCUACAAACUUUCGGAGACUUUUUCUGACAGUUACGGAAGAUUCUGACUUUCUUUAUGACUUCAUUGAUGUCCAGACCGCACCCGGGGAGUUGAAAUUACCUGUCGUUCGGUACCCAUCGUCGUUAUUCAAAAAGAAUGGUUACUACAUAUUUGUCGGGGGAACUAGUGGCCUUGGAUGGGAAUUGUUGCAGUAUUGUGCCAAACUAGGGGCUGGGCAUCUAUUAACACUUUCACGCAGAAGUCUAUCUGUUGACAAAACUGCCGAAAUGAAAAAAGUUGAAAUAUUAUGCAGAUGUAAAAUAAGUCAUAUUCGGGCAGAUGUUACUGAUCUAAACUCUAUGCAAAGUGUGUUCAAUUCUCUGAAAAAUAAACAAGCUAAGGUUAAAGGGAUAUUCCAUGGUGGAGGGGUCUUGAAAGAUAUUACUUUGAAUAAAAUGACAACUGAAGACCUCGACAUUGCUUUAAAGCCGAAGGUUCUUGGAACAUUGAACUUGCAUGAGGUCAGUAAGGACAUGUCAUUGGACUUUUUCCUCACGCAUUCCUCUAUAACUGCAAUAUUUGGAAAUCAGGGACAAUCCAACUAUGCAUCAGGGAACUCUUUUCAAGACUCAUUUGCCUUUUUUAGAACAUGUCAUGGAUAUAACGCACAAAGCAUUAACUGGGGAGCAUUGCCAUUUGGAAUGGCAAGAGAAAGCGGUCCAGAUUUUGAAAAUCGAUUUCGACGUCAAGGUAUCAUUAUUCUAAACGAAAGUGAUGUGCGAUCAUGUUUCAAUGAGGCGAUACUUACCAAAGGUGUUCAGAAAAUAUUCGGCAUUUUUGACUGGCAGAAGGUUAUUCGAAACCCUAUGUACUCGUCUUCACAAAAGAAAUUCGAGUCGGUAAUUCAACACUUUGGAAUAAUGGCAAAUGCACAGAAGAUGGAGUUAGAAGAAAUGAAUGAAUUGAACGCAGAUUUUUUUGAACUGCCUCUAGAGAACCAAAAGCAGUGUUUGUCAAAAACAAUAUUAUCUAUUCUGAAAGAUUCUUUACCGACAGAAACAGGACUUUUUGACUCAGACGUUGGCCUUUAUCAAUUAGGUAUUGACUCAAUGUCGGCUAUGAGUAUUACAAACAGCAUCUACAAAACUACGAAUGUACAAGUCCCUGUUGUAUUCCUUUUAUCAAAUAUAACCACCAUUCAAAGAAUGACAGACUUUGUUCUAAAUGAAGUAUUAUCUCAUAAAGAAAAAGAAGAACCUGUUAUUAAGGAGGCUGUAAAUUAUGAAAUAUUAAAUGGAUCUGUUACCUUCAUGCAGACAAGCAUACUAGAUAGACUGGAAAUUGAAAAACCCUCAAAUUUCAUUCGCACUAUCAGCUACGAAAUGACAUCAAGACUGAUCAAAAUCAAGGACUGGAGAACAAUCAUUAUAUGUUUAUUGCAAAUUCAUCCUGGACUGCGGCAAAUAUUUGAAUGGAAUGUCUCUGCCAAAACCUUCCAGGCAAAAGAAAUAGAAAUCGACGAAAGAAACGUUCCAGUCAGAAUUGUUCCGUUUAAGACUAUAUUUGAAACUUCCACAGAGACACGAAUUGAUCCAAGACACCAAAUUCCUAUGUUGUUGCAUUUGGCAUGUAAACGCCGAACAACCAGAAUGAAAUUGUUUCUUCAUGCUGUGGUAGUAGAUAUGCAGAAUAUCAAUAUUUUCUUUCGUGAUCUUGAGCUGUGUGCCCGUUAUUACUUUCUCGGAGGCCCGCCUCCAGUCAAAAACAGUAUAAAUGUCACAGAAACUGUACGCCUUACAUUGACUCCUAGAUUUAGAGGCAUGAAAACGUUCUGGAAACAAAAAUUCUCCUGCAAUAUAGAACCGUUCACGUUUUCUAACUCACUCGAGGCCGAGUUAGACGAGGCAAGAUGGUGUGAGGUUGAACACGUCUUCUCCGAGACACAAUUUGAUGACAUUCUUAACUUCGUCAGAAAAGAAAAAGUUACAUUAUAUAACUUUGUUCUAUCGGUGUACUUUCUCAUCAUUUAUGAAUCAACAGGACUCGAGGUUUUACCUUUGCUAACAAACACAAAUAUGCGAGGAUAUGUACCUGCACUGAAAAAUGUACUUACACGGUGUGUUAAUGAGAUUCCGAUUAUUGGCAAAGUGAACUCCAAAUCUCCAGCCAAUGACUACUUGAGGGAAUCUACUGAAAUGUUAAACGCGGUAACAGAGCAAGGCGCAUAUCCCUUUGAGUUAAUAAAAGAGGAAAUGACAUCAGAGAAGCUAAGACAGAAUAUUGGAAGACAUAGGUUUAUCGUCGAUGACAUAUCAACCGCAUCCAAACGCUCUAUGAAACAGAAUGUCAAAAUAACGGAGAUUCAUCACCGACGACAUACGUACGAGACGUGUUUGUUUAUGUAUCAGGAUACAGUGAGAAGAAAACUAUGUCUUGAAUUAGGCUUUAAUUCGAAAGCUCUUGAAACAUCCACAGCCAAGUACAUGUUAGAAAGGCUAGAAUCUCUUCUCUUCAAAUUUGUACUUGGCAAAGGUUUUGCUACCGUAGAAGACAUAUUAAAUGACAAAAGCGAUAUUCCUGAACAAACAAGAGAUGAUACCAAAAAGGAACUGUAUAAGAACGAAUCAGUAACUAAAAACGUUGAAGUAUAUCCAACAGAAUGUUCUUCGAAGCAGUAUUUAACAAAUGCAAGUCAUGGCCAUACUGAAGACACGGUUCAAGAAAUUCAUGUAAAAGGAACAAGGAUUGUAAUGGACGGUCGUUUAGACAAACAGUCGAAGCAUGGAAGCGUAUAUAGAUGCAGAGUGGUCUUGCUAAAAACAGACUUUCCUGAUUCAGUUGAAUAUUACCUCCGCUGGAAUAGCUUGCUGACAGUACGGCAAGUAAAUUUAAAAGAUGUGGUGGAAAUUCACAUUAAGAAAAUAGCAGGGAAGUACUCGUUAUUUGUCAAAAAGGACAAUUCUUGGAUCCAGUUCCUGGCGAAGAAUAUGUCAGAGGCUCAAUCAUGGUUUGACCAACUCCAAAAAGCAAGGGAAGACACUGAACUAACUCCAAAAAGCGGUGGAAUUCAUACGCAUUUGUGAUUGGGAUGAAAAUACCAUUGCAGACAAUGCCUUGGAAUUAUAUGCAUGGGUAAUAGGGGGUUUUAUUUUCAUUUUCAAAGAACUUUUCAACAAGGCUUGUCGUUUAAUUAAGGUCAAAAUGUCUCCCUUUUAUUUGCAUAUCUUGACUUGCGGUUAUCAUUAACGUAUUGUUCUGUUACAUGUACAUCUCUUGUCCUUACAACAUUGUGUUUUCAUCUCCUUGAUAGCACACCUUCUUGUAUUGAAUGUUUUAAUUUACAAAUGUUGCUUGAGUAUUUUUUUUUUUGUAUAUGUUACUGAAUACUUUGAAAUCAGGUUUAAAUCGGUUAGCCUUUUCACCUGAUAUGUCAUGUUGGAAGUCAUUGUGUCAUUAUUUAGGUUAUUAAAGCUUACUCAAAUUCCAUGUCAGAUGUGAACUGAACAGAUAGAGCUGGUUCUUUGAUAUAUUUUAAGAAUUUUGAUUUUUAGAGAGAUGUCCAUGGCUCUACAAUAAAUUUUAAGAAUGUUUAUUAUAAGAGAGAUAUUUCUAGUUCUAUAGUAAACUUUAAGAAUGUUGAUUCUUGGAGAGAUAUCUCUUGUUCUAUAAUAAAUAUUAAGAGUGAUAAUUCUGAGAGAGAUGUCUACACAAUUCAAAGGUAUCUUCUUUACCAACUACUUAUGACGGGUGUGUCAAUUUUGAACAGUCAUUUAUUUAUUGUGAGUAAACGACUACCAAUCAGCUUAUGGGAAAAGGCAUUCUAAAUUGUAACAUAAUAUAAGAAACGUAGUUAGGAAAUGUUACUUGAAGUGGCGUAAUUAAAAAAAAGCAAUAAGAUAUCGCGAGAGUAAAAUCAAAGACUUCCACCAAACAUACGUAACACGGUUUUCUUGACGGCAUGGUUAUACAGCGAAAUGGUCUACGAGAAGUAAUAAUUAUAUAACACAAGAUAUAAAAAGUACAAACAUUUUAAAGAGCCUAUUUUGAAAAAAAUCGAAACAAUAAUAAUUCAACUUCCCUUUAAGCCUUAAUGUAGUGACAAGGUGAGCUUUUAUGAUCGCCUUUCGUCCGUAUUCCGUCCACAAUUGCUUGUGAACACAAUGGAGACCACAUUUUGUAUUCAAUUUUAAUCAAACUUGCACACAACUUGUAUUGGCAUAAUAUCUCGGUUUCUUUCGAAAACUGGUCAGAUCCCAUCAUGGGUUCCAGAGUUAUGGUCCCUUAAAAUGCCAAAAUGUGCUAUUUUUGUCUUGUGAACAUGAUAGAGACCACAUUUUGUAAUCAACUUAAUCAAACUUGCACACAACUUAUACUGGCAUAAUAUCUCGGUUCCUUUCGAAAAUUGGUUACAUCCUACCAUAGGUUCUAAAGUUGUGGCCCCUUAAAGGGCCAAAAUUUGCUAUUUUUGCCUUGUGAACACGAUAGAGGCCACAUUUUGCAAUUGAUUUUAAUUAAACUUGCACACAACUUGUAUUGGCAUAAUAUCUCGGUUUCUUUCGGAAACUGACCAGAUCCCAUCAUAGGUUCCAGAGUUAUGGCCCCUUAAAAGGAUAAAAUUUGCUAUUUUGGCUUUUGCAGCCAUAUAGAGCCAUAUGUAUGGUUUGAUUUAAGGCAAACUUCCAAAAUAUCUUUAACAACAAUAACUCUUGGAGUCCAUGAUGCAUCUGUCAGAUCCAUUCAUAGGUUCCUGAGUUACGGCCCCUGAUUAACCCAUGAAAGAGCCAAAAUUUGUUAAUUUUUACCUUGUGAACACGAAAGAAGUGACAUUUUAUAUUUGAUUUUAACCAAACUUACAUACAAGUUAAGUCACAAUAAGAUCUCAGUUCCUUUCGAAAACCGGUUUGAUUCCAUCAUGAGUUCUAGAGUCAUUGCCCCUGAAAGUGGCAAGAUUUUCUAUUUUGACCCUUUCAGCCAUAUAGAGGUUUCAUUUAUGCUUUGGUUUGAUACAAACUUGCACAGAAUGUUUAUUUUAACGAUCUCUAGGCCUGGGUCGAAACUGGAUCAUGUUGGGUAAAAAACUAAGUCAUCAGGUCAAAUCAAAGGAUAAGCUCGUUAACAACCUAGAGACCAUAUUUAGUCGCCAUAUGACCUAAAAUUGUUUCGGUGCGACGUUAAACCCAACAAAAUAUAAAAAAAAUAAAGAGACCAUAUUUAUGAUCCUAUCUUCAUGAAACUUGGUCAGAAUAUUUAUCUUGAAGACUCCUAGGCCAUGUUUAAAACUGGGUCAUAUGGGGUCAGAAACUAGGUCACCAGUUCAAAUCAAAGGAAAAGCUUGUUAACACUCUUGAGGCCACAUGUAUGAUCCUAUCUUCAUGAACCUUGGUCAGAAUGUUUGCCUUGAUGAUUCCUAAGCCAAGUUUGAAACUGGGUCAUGUGGGGUCAAAACCUAGGUCACCCGCUCAAAUCAAAGGAAAAGCUUGUAAACAUACUAUGGGCAAUAUUUAUGACCCUACCUUCAUGAAACUUGGUAAGAAUGUUUUUCUCGAUGAUUUCCAUGCCAUGUUCGAAACUGGUUCGUGUGGGGUCAAAAACUAGGUCACCAAUCGGAUUAAAGGAAAAGCUUGUUCACACUGCAGAGGCCACAUCUAUGACUCUAUCUUCUUGAAACUUGGUCAGAAUGUUUAUCUUGAUGAUUCAAAGGCCAAAUUUAAAAUAGGUGAGCGAUAUAGGUUCAUCAUGACCCUCUUGUUUAUAUAUGAGAAUUUUUAUUUUGUAAUAAGAAGACUCUCAGCCUAUCUUUAACAUACUGCAAUAUUUAUCAUGUUUAGUUUGUAUACAGGGGCGUCGGAAGUGGGGUCGCAGGGGCCGCGACCGCGGCCCCAAUAAUUUGCCCAAUAACGAUUUUUUGUAAAUUCAUAAGUUGGAGUCGCAGGUUCGCGGACCCAAUAUUUUGUAUAGUAUAUUAAAUUUUGCUUCGCGUUAAACAAUACACGCUGUCCAGAUUAGUGUGUUACCGUGGUGACGGUGACACGAUCGGGGGUGUUAAUUGGAGUCAUACACACGUGUCCGUGAUUGGACUUAAUUACGCAUGAACAAAUCAGCAUGUUUUUAAUUGGCAUGUCUUUAGUCAAUGGAUUGUUUAAGCUAUACCCAGCCGCAAAGAUCUAAGGUAUUAACUUAUAAAAUUCAGAAAAAUAAUUAUCAUGUUUUUAUUUAAUGAAAGAGGUAAGUGUUAGGCCUAAAACAAAAAAUUCUUUGUUUCCGGUAACAUGCUCAAAAAAAAUUAGGGUAGGUAGGUCGGAAAAAAAUUUUUUUUUGGAAUUUUUUUUUUAUUAAGGGAGACUUUUCGGAAAUUAUUUUUGUGUCAAAAAAUGAAUACAAAUAAGGGGGUUAUGCCUUUAGAGCAUCAGUAAGUUGAUUUCUAACAUCACUGGCCAUGUUUAAAGCAUAAAAAGUGCAGUUUUGCAACUUUUUGUUAAAAAGUUGAAAAAAAAAUUCUCCAAGGCCAUAAAAACAUUUAGGGUCGGGCCAAAAAAUUAGGGUAGGUCGGGAUACCGGAAACAAACAAUUUUUUUUACGCCUUAAGAUUUAUCACACCGCUUAGAUGUAAGGAAUUAAUUACAUAAAUUGUUUUUACUCAAAAAAUGAUAUUUCAAACAAAAAUAAGAAAUGAAUGUAACAUGUAUGAUUAUUGUUCAAUACAUUAAAUACAAAAAAAAACAUACAUGCAUUCUUUGUAUUGUGUUAUACAUUAUUAAUUCUGAAAAGAGUUUAUUAAGCUUUAUUUUGCUUAUAGUCAUGUAAAUAGUAAGAAAAUACUGGAGACUUGAGAUGCGAUUCAGUACCCUUAAAAUGCACCAGAACUCGCCAUUUAUGAUCCUGUUUUAUAAAAAAAAUUUCAGGGGGAGGUCCCUCUUACCCCCCCCCCCCUUACGGGAGGGGGAUGCCCCCUCUCGUACCUAACCCCCACCCCCUUUCGCGGCCCCAAUAUCAAACAGCUUCCGACGCCCCUGGUAUAUAGUGUGAAUAAGUUCUGUCAAUGAUUUCUGUAUUGUUGGUUUUGUUUUACUUUCAUUUGACAUACAGUGUAAAUAACAUCUAAACGUAAUUAUUGUAUAUGUAUAUACGUAUGAUAUUUUAAAAUGUCAUUGUAAAUGCAACAAUGUCAUUUAUUAAUCGUUGAUUUCAUAUGACAUGUUGAACGUUGAAAUUAUAUGCUUUCCUUCAGUUUAAGUUUAAUACAAAAACAUAUCUGGGGAUAAUAUAUGACGCCUUGUCUGCCUGUCCGUAUGUUCGUUCCGAAUCCCUUGUCCGGAUGGCUCAUUCAAUCUUGAAAAAAAAAAACAAAAAAAAACUAUGAACCGAUCUUAAUCUCUCCGUUUAAAAUUUGUGGUUCUUUUACGAUUUACAAAAUUAUCUGUAUUGUGUAAAACCCGUAUAGCUCAUCUUUAAAGUUUUAAGAGAUAUUGUUCAAACAUACAGAUGAAUUCAAUUUUUGGUAGAAUUACUACCCGUUGAAAACUGAGUGUCUAAAAAGAUGUCUUGCGAUUUUUCCUACAUUAUUUUUCUCGAUAUUGACAUAACGUACCUUAACCCUUACCCUGCUAAAUUUAUAAUGAACUUGUCCACCUUUCAAUUUAGACAGUACCAUUAACUGUUAAAGGGGUUCUUAUCAAAAAGUUACUGAUGGAAUGGCGAACAGUUCAGAUCUUGAUCAGACUGCACGGAUGUGAUCUGCACUGGCCGCAAAGGCAGAAUCAGUCGUGUCAGGCAUGAUAAGGGUUAACACAUAGUGUUUCCAACUCUUUGGUUAUUAUAUGAUUCAUUUACUAAUUAGUUGACACUUUGUAGGUGACGUGGUGUUUUUGUAUCAUUGCUAAUAGUUGAUACUUAAUUCAAAAUUACUUUCAAAUCUUUUGGUAAGCUUUGAUAACUCCUGUCGUAAGUUGUGUUGUUUUUCGUGUGAUUAAGCUUAAUUGUAGUCGAUGUCAUAGUUAAUUUUACAGGAAAUAUUUCACCAAAUACGUUGGUUGAUGCAUAAGUGUCUAUACAAAUCGGUGGAGCGUUAUUGUACAUAGUCACAUGGUUAUGAUACUUAAUCUAUGAUAGGGAUAUCAUUUUUUAAUAUAAUUUAAUCUUAAAUUGGCAACAAUUUUUGUUAGUACAUAUUAGCAAAGGAACUGAGCAUGAUGUUUAAUUGAAGGUGUGCUAAAUAUUUUACUUACUUGUGUGUUUUUCAAACUGUGUUCAAAUUGUGUUGAAAAAAUGAAAUUGACGCCUAGUAUAAUGCAUAGAUAGUGUAAAUAACUUAUUUUAUUGUGCUUAUUUUCCUUGGAGUUUUAUUUGUAUUGACUUUUUAAUAAGCAUAUAGUGUAAAUAGUGUUAACAUUUCUACAUUUUUGUGUAAGCAAAUUAUAUCUUAAAGCUUACCAUUCAUUAUCUAUACUUAUCACAUGUUUGACGUCGCGUGAGUGUUAUAAAGUUAUUAAAUAAAAAUGAUAAUACACUAGUGUAAUAAAGCUUUGACGUCGACGUCAUUCAUUGUAUAAGCGACGUCGGUCAAAUUGUCUUCUUUAUGUAGUAAAAGAAAGUCGAAUCUUUGAUGUUUCGACAAGAAAGGCUAACAUGUGAUAAAAAGAAUAUUACAUUUGUGACUUUCCACAUUGAAUUUAUUAAACUCGUUGAAUAAAAUUGAUAAAAUGCUCGGCAGAGCCUCGAAUUUUAUCAGUUUAUUCAACGAGAUUAAUAAAUUCAAUAUGAAAAGACACUCAUGUAAUAUCCUCUAUAUAUGUAAUAUUAUAUCAAUUAUUUACUUUAUUAUCGCAUUAGUUUAAUUUAUGAUUUCCUUCAAAAAGUAGCCGUCUUCUUCGUGCAUUAUUUGUUCAUCCUGAAAUCAUUGUUCGGAUCAGACUGCGUUUCCCUAUCGUAUUUCAGUAAAUUGAUGGUUUUGAAUGUAUUUGGCUGUAACAAUCAGAAUGUAUCAGAAUGCAUCAUUCACCAUACAUAAUUAUGACGUACAUGUAUCAUACUGAUUAAGUCUCGAUUUUAUCAUUUUGAGGCAUGCUAUAAAAGAUUUUAAGAAACUUCCUAUUCGAUUUCCAUGUAGCCGCUCUUGCAGAUAGUCCAACCUGUCAAGCCAUUGAUAAAUAUUAAAUCCCCAACUAGAAAUGCAUAAUUGCGAGAAGAACUUAUCUCAAUGCAAAAAAGUUGUCAGAUACAUGCAUAUUGUAUGACGUCAGAAAAGGUUUUAAGUCUAAUAAAAUUAAAUCAUAUUCACUAUUUAAGCUCAAAUUUAGAUAUAAGGUAGGAAUAUUAUUUGUGUCAUUGACUGAUAUCUUGUACUAUGUUUAUCAAGAUCCCUUGGAAGCAAAGAAUGCAACCAAGAAAAAUAAUAGCUGACUCGGUUUGAUUGAGUCUGUUCAUAAGAGGUAAUGAAAUGUGUAACACCUCUCAUGCCCCCUAGCACCGGUUUAUGCGGAACUCUAUUACACAUAACCUAUGCUGAAUGGACUCCAUGAUCCCAAAGGACCAGAAAAUAUAACAACACUGAAUCCAAGUACGGGGAGACAUUUUACAGCCGCCACACGACACUUAAAGAUUGCUGUUGUGAUAGUUAAUAAAAUCUGUAAAAACGACCCCUUGGAAGCAAAGAAUGCAACCAAGAAGAAUAAAAGCAGACUCGGUUUAAUUGAGUCUGUUUAAGUAACAUACUCGGAUUAGAAGUUAUGGCCCUUUGAAAUUGUACAAAAUGUUCUAUUUUGUAUUCCGAAUAACUCCUGGUAUAAACUAUCAGAUAUGCCUAACCUUAACUUGCGCAUAUUGUCAGGAUAAUUAUGCUGUUUGUUAAACUAAUGAGUUAUGGUUCUUAACAUUUAUUAUAAUUGCCAAGACAAAUGAUUUGUCUUGAAACAUUGAAAGUUGUUUUAAAUAGCUUUUGAAACAGUCUUCAAAAGAUGUGGCCAAUAGUUACAUACUUAUAUAUGUACAUCUUAGUGUAUUUGUGUUCUAAGGCAGCAGAAACAAUGGCUGUAUUUAUAUCAUUUUGUUUUAUCUGCCCCUUUCAAUGUUUUAGAUUUUACGAUAGAAACUGAAAACUUUUGAUAUCCUAAUAGAUAUGUAUGUAUAUUAGCCGUCACUUGUCUGCAAUAGUUACCAAAUUACAUCUCUUUGCAUUGUUGUUAUUCAUUCGUGAAAAUGAAAACAUAUUGGCACAUUUUCGUGUCCACGGUGUAUUCGGGAAGCAUAUGACAGUCUUUGUUUGAUAACUACAUGUACUCAGACUACUUUAUAAUUUGUAUGAUAGUUCCCCACUUACAAUGUUACAAUGUAUUAUUUUCUGACAAGCGACUUAUUAAUGAAUGAAUCAAUCAAUUGAGUUUUUGUAUCAAACCACUGUCUUUUCGUGCAAUAUUUGAAUUGAAUAGCGAUAAUUAUCAACAUCUACAUAUUCUUUAUCUUUUACCAAGUGUAGAAUUUUGACGAUUUUAAUGUAGAAUGAAACAUAAACGUAUCAUUAUUACUAGGAUAUUGAAGGUCGUCCGACGUCAUAACUUUUAGACAUACUAUUUGACAUUGCCAUUUGAAAUGUAGUGCAUGUACAUAUAUAAUGUUAAAAAAAGCUCCGUUACGGAGGUCAUAACUUUUAGACAUACUAUUUGACAUUGCCAUUUGAAAUGUAGUGCAUGUACAUAUAUAAUGUUAAAAAAAACUCCGUUACGGAGGUGAUAACUUUUAGACAUACUAUUUGACAUUGCCAUUUGAAAUGUAGUGCAUGAACAUAUAUAAUGUAAAAAAAAAACUCCGUUACGGAGGUUAUAACUUUUAGACAUACUAUUUGACAUUGCCAUUUGAAAUGUAGUGCAUGAACAUAUAUAAUGUUAAAAAAAACUCCGUUACGGAGGUUAUAACUUUUAGACAUACUAUUUGACAUUGCCAUUUGAAAUGUAGUGCAUGUACAUAUAUAAUGUUAAAAAAACUCCGUUACGGAGGUUAUAACUUUUAGACAUACUAUUUGACAUUGCCAUUUGAAAUGUAGUGCAUGUACAUAUAUAAUGUUAAAAAAAACUCCGUUACGGAGGUUAUAACUUUUAGACAUACUAUUUGACAUUACCAUUUGAAAUGUAGUGCAUGUACAUAUAUAAUGUUAAAAAAAACUCCGUUACGGAGGUCAUAACUUUUAGACAUACUAUUUGACAUUACCAUUUGAAAUGUAGUGCAUGUACAUAUAUAAUGUUAAAAAAAAACUCCGUUACGGAGGUCAUAACUUUUAGACAUACUAUUUGACAUUACCAUUUGAAAUGUAGUGCAUGUACAUAUAUAAUGUUAAAAAAAACUCCGUUACGGAGGUGAUAACUUUUAGACAUACUAUUUGACAUUACCAUUUGAAAUGUAGUGCAUGUACAUAUAUAUUGUUAAAAAAAGCUCCGUUACGGAGGUGAUAACUUUUAGACAUACUAUUUGACAUUACCAUUUGAAAUGUAGCGCAUGUACAUAUAUAAUGUUAAAAAAAAUCUCCGUUACGGAGGUGAUAACUUUUAGACAUACUAUUUGACAUUACCAUUUGAAAUGUAGCGCAUGUACAUAUAUAAUGUUAAAAAAAACUCCGUUACGGAGGUCAUAACUUUUAGACAUACUAUUUGACAUUACCAUUUGAAAUGUAGCGCAUGUACAUAUAUAAUGUUAAAAAAAAAACCCCGUUACGGAGGUCAUAACUUUUAGACAUACUAUUUGACAUUGCCAUUUGAAAUGUAGCGCAUGUACAUAUAUAAUGUUAAAAAAAACUCCGUUACGGAGGUCAUAACUUUUAGACAUACUAUUUGACAUUACCAUUUGAAAUGUAGCGCAUGUACAUAUAUAUUGUUGAAAAA